UGAAUCAUCAUUAACAUAUUUGCAGUCGAAAAUGCUGAGACAUAAAAUGGAGUUUGUGUUACUGAAAAUAUUAUUUUGGAAUUUUGUGUCUUCUUCACUGGCUGAUGAUGUUAAUAACAAACUUAAGAUAGCAAAAGAAAGCAGAGAUUUUGAAGAAUUGAAAGAGUACGUGGCUACAGGUAUGACACAUAUGGCCGCAAAACACGCUAAUGACAUGCAAGGACUCAAGAACUUAAUCGAAACCCAAGGAAGGCAAAUACAAACACUUCAGUCGGAUAACUUAGCAUAUGUUUCUAUCAUACGUGAACUGAAGAAGGAAAUCGAAGAAAUGAAAACAAAUUGCGCUAAAAUCGAAUGUGAUGCCAAUUCAAAUAAGAAGAAAUCAACUGAAAAAUCAGUUAUUGCAGCCGAUACUGUUGACGAACGGAGAUCAAAAUCAGCGCAAAAUCAAGGAUCUGCUACCUUAAAAGAACGCGAAGGUCAUCAAAACCGUAUACGAACGUCAGUCGUAUGGACUGAAGUGGCCUUCUUUGCUUGGAUUACAAAUGAUAUUCAUCACUUACGAAAAGAUCAGGAUAUUGUGUUUGACCACGUUGAUGUAAAUAUUGGCAAUGCAUAUAACCAGCACCAUGGGAAUUUUGUGGCACCAGUCGGCGGGACGUACGUAUUCUCUGUGACGUUACUGCAUUUUGGUGAACUUGCUUAUGGACAUUUUGUGGUGAAUAGGGCAGUUGCGGCAAAGUUAAUGUUAAAAUCUGGACAGGGUGCGUCACAGACCAUUGUCGUUAACCUUAGCACAGGCGAUGACGUCUCGGUUCAAAAUACAGCAACAGACAGAGGGUUUAAUGGAGAUCGGUACUGCACAUUCAGCGGGUUUCUGUUGAAUGAAGCUCACAGAUCCUGAAAUAGAAGUUUUAACUUUAAAUAAAUGACAGACAUUCAAAAUAGUAUUUUAGUUCAUCUGAUUUAUUUUAUUACUUGUUA